CAUUAAUUUGAGGGUGCACUGAAAACAUAAGGUGUGCCGAACCAUUUUAGCUUACUCAUAAAAUUUAUAUUAAUUUUGUAAAAUGAUAACCAAAUCAGAUGACUCGGAUAUUAAUAUUAAAAAAGAGGAUCAAGAGAAAAUUAAUCAAUUUGCGAUAACUCAUGCUAAAGACACUGAACUUAAUGUAGAACUAAAUCAAAUAAAAAAAGAUUUAGAUUCUUUAAAAGAUGCAUCAGAAGAGAUCUUAAUUACUGAAGAAAAUGAUAUUCCAUAUAUGAUAGGCGAAAAUUUUGUUUUAUGUGAUAAAGAUGAUAUUGAAAACAAAAUUCAACAACAAACUGAACUUUACCAAAAACGCAAAAUGGAAAUAGCCAAUGAAAUUGAAGAACUAACUAAAAUCAAGGAUAAAUUAAAAGCAGAAUUGACUGCUAAAUUAGGAACUAGCAUAAAUUUAACUGUUGAAUGACCUUAAUGCUCUAAAUUUACUUUUUAUUUAUCUUUUUUAAAAUUAAAUUCUUUUAGAUGCUAGUCUUGUACAAUUAUUAAAUAUUAUGAGUUAUUAGAUAGA